AUGUCGUUGCCAGGCUGCCCCGACAAGUGCGGCGAUGUGCGCAUCCCAUACCCCUUUGGUAUUGGGGCGCACUGCGCCGCAACCAGCCUGAGCAGCUACUUCAACCUCACCUGCAAUGGCACGACUGAUCCACCGCGGCCAAUGGUUGGGGUUGGGGAUCGAAUUGAGGUCGCUGACAUCUCACUAGAGCAUGGUGAGAUGCGCGUGCUCAGCCCUGUCAACCACAUCUGCUUCACGUCCAGCACAAGGUUCACCAAGUUCAUCGGAGCGUACGAGCUGCAGACAACACCCUUCCUCCCCUCCCCGUCGCGCAACCGCUUCACGGUCAUCGGAUGCAACACACUAGGGCUCAUCAGCGGCUACAAAGACACGGCAAGCCAAUACGUGGCUGGAUGCUACUCCUACUGCGAGGGCGUCAACAACACGUCUGACGGUGCACCAUGUGCUGGGCUGGGCUGCUGUGAAGCUGCCAUCCCUGCAAACCUCACCUCCUGGGGGGUUUUGUUUCAGAUGAACGAGAGCAAGGUAUGGGGCUUUAACCCGUGCUUCUACUCCAUGAUGGCCGAGGCUGGGUGGUACAGUUUCAGGAAGCAGGACCUCGUUGGUACACUUGGGUUUAUUGAUGAUCGAGCCAAGAGGGGUGCCCCUGUUGUUGCUGAUUGGGCCAUUAGGAAUGGCUCAUGCCCAUCGAAGGGGAAGGACACGCCUAAUGACUAUGCUUGCAUCAGUACAAACAGCUACUGCAUGCCCGCAAACAAUGGCCUAGGGUACUUAUGCCAGUGCUCCAAAGGAUAUGAGGGAAAUCCUUAUCUUCUGAAUGGCUGCCAAGACAUAGAUGAGUGCAUACUGCGUAAGCAGGACCCCAAGUAUGGAGAUAUGUAUCCAUGCAGGAAAGGGGUCUGUUACAACACACUGGGAAGCUACUUAUGCAAAUGUAGGAGAGGAACCCGAUCUGAUGGUACAAACUAUGGAUGCCGGUCUCUAUCUUUUCCAGCUGACAAAAUGGUCAUUGGCCUCAGUGUUUCUGCAACAGUGGUCAUGGGUUUAGCAUGCUUGUUUCUCAUGCGAUUACAGAGGAAAAGGUACAAGAAAGCUAAAGAUAAGUAUUUCAAACAAAAUGGAGGUCUCAAGUUAUAUGACGAGAUGAGGUCAAGGCAAGUCGACACAAUUCGUAUACUUACAGAACAAGAAAUAAAGAGAGCCACUGAUAACUACAGUGAAGAUCGAGUUAUUGGACAUGGUGGCCAUGGGAUGGUCUACAGAGGAACUUUGGAUGAUCAGAAAGAGGUAGCUAUAAAGAAAUCCAAAGCAAUCAAUGAUGAUUGGAGGGAGGAAUUUGUCAAUGAGAUAAUAGUCUUGUCACAAAUCAAUCACCGAAACAUUGUAAGGUUGCUAGGUUGUUGUCUGGAAGUAGAUGUCCCAAUGUUGGUCUACGAGUUUGUCCCCAGUGGUACUUUAUCUGAGUUCCUUCACGAUUCUGGUCAUAGAUCAUCAAUCCCCUUGGAUCUUCGCCUGAAGAUCGCCACACAGUCAGCAGAGGCUCUGGCUUACUUACAUUCAUCAGCAUCUCGCACAAUCCUACAUGGGGAUGUCAAGUCCGCAAACAUUCUCUUGGAUGACCAGUUGAACGCAAAGGUUGCCGAUUUCGGAGCGUCCGCACUGAAGUCCAUGGAUGAAAACGAAGCAGAUACGAAGGUGCUGAAGAACAUGGCCGAACUCGUGGUGCAUUGCCUUAGCCCAAAAGGAGAAAACAGGCCAACGAUGAAGGAAGUUGCAGAAAGCCUAGAGCUGAUGAGGAAGCUCCAGUUGCAGAGAACCAAUGCUCAUGAAAACAACAGAUGUGCACAUAAGUAUGAAGGAUCAUCUUUGGUCGAUAUCACAUUUGACGAGACAACACAAGGGACCAUUGAUAUGUCCGAACUGGUUGAAGAUCUUGCAAGAUGA